AACACAUUUAAUUUCUUUUGAGUUUUGUGUACCAAACAUGAUAUAAAUUCAAUUUCUUAAUACUUUACCAAAAAAAAAAAAAUCAAUUUCUUAAUACAAUCAUUAUUCCGGUUUCAAAAAAAAAAAAAAAUACAAUCAUUAUUCCUUUGCUAAACUUAUUCGUCUUCAACCAAACCCCAAAACCCCAAAACAACUAACCUAGUCAAAACCCUACGCCAAAUUCGUGCAGUUGUGGUGAAUAUACGUACAAUUUCUGUAUGUUUUUUUUUUAGGCUUUUGUAUUAUACACUGCAAUCAGAAAUUGAGCUGCAGUGAUGGCGGAGCUAAAUCCUAAUCGCAGUGGCGGAAAAGCUGAUUAUCGAUUCCUACGGUGCCCGCAUUGCGCCGGCCCUCUUACUAAGGAGAUGGAAACCUGCAAGUGGACUGUUCCGCCAAUCGUUAGGGACAGUUUCUCUAUGAUAGGAUCGGCGGUUGGCGGGACAGCCGGCGCUUUCUACGGCUUUAACCGCACUAUGCCAAUUGUUAGGAGGUGGAUUAGAGGGCCUAUGUGGUUGCAUUUCUUCAUUGGUACCCCACCUGUCAUUAUUUUCUCAUCAGGAUGUGGUGGGCUAGCAGGUGGUUCAAUUCCAGCUCUGGCUCAACUUGCAUCUUCAACUUAUCACGCUUUUUUGUCCACGCCACCACCUCCAUCUUCAUCAUCGUAGAAUCUGGAAGCUACUAUUUGUGGACUCUUUCGUCUUUAUUACUGGUUCUUGUUGGUGGGAGAACAGUUUGGGUUUGCUAGGGCAGAGGAUUGCUAAUAUGAAAUCUGGCCGCAUGCCUUUGAUUAUAGCUUGGCUAGUUUUGGGGAUCAUAUGCAUCACAUCAACUACCAACCGGUGUGCAGUGUCAUUUGUAAUUCCUGCAAUGGCAUUCAAAAUGUAUCUUAUACUUGUAAAAUAGUAGCAAGCUGAUGUAUCUUCUAUAUGCAAACAUUUGUCGGCUCAUAUAGGCCGAUCUGAGAACAUGAGCUGGUAUUGUAAAUUUUGGAUGUCAUAUAUUCAUUGAAGGAAAUACAGUUGCUAGAA